CUACACAGUAACCUGUAAUGCAACAGACAUGGCAGGAAACACUGGCAAUUGCUCCUUCAAUGUUUACAUUUUAGAUGUUACUUCACCUCAUGUGACAUGCCCAGACAAUAUUACUGCUUAUAACGAUGCAUCUGCUAAUACAGCAGCAGUGACAUGGAACUCAGCAGUUGUUACUGAUAAUUGUUGUGAAGAUAUUAGUUUGUUUACAAAUAUUUCAAAUGGCACUGAUUUUAAAAUUGGAAUUACUGAAGUUACCUUUACUGCAGUGGACUGUUAUGGCAAUGAGGAUCAGUGUGUAUUCAGUGUUAUUGUUGAAGAUAAUGAACCACCAGUUCUUGAAUGUCUUUCAAACCAGAUGGUAGCAGCUGAUUCUGACUGUGUGGCAACUGCCACCUGGAUGCCACCGAAUGUUACAGACAACUCUGGGGACAGCUUUACAGCCGUAUGUGAUUUUGUCAGUGGAAGUACUUUAACUUGUAAUGCUACAGACGAUUAUGACAAUAUUGGCUAUUGUAACUUCACCGUUACAAUCUAUGAUGAGACAGCCCCUAAUGUGAUAUGCCCAGUUGACCUUGAGGUCUGCACUGACCAAGAAACAGAUUCAGUGAAUGCCACCUGGGAACCAGCCAAUGCAACUGACAACUGCUGUAGUGAUGUCAACAUAACUGCUAACUACACCAGUGGAGAAACUCUGAGCUUUGGUGUAUACACAGUAGGAUAUACAGCAACAGAUUGUAAGGGGAAUGUUGGUUACUGUCAAUUCAGUGUUGAGGUUAAAGAUUGUGAGCCUCCGGAUCUUGAAUGUCCUCCGAACCAAAACGUAACAGGUGACGAGAACUGCUUGGCAAAUGUCACCUGGACAGCACCCACUGUUACAGACAACUCUGGAGACUCUUUCACACCAGUAUGUGAUUAUAUAAGUGGAAGCACAUUUUAUGAUGUCAGCACUACUGUUACAUGUAAUGCUACUGACAAUUAUGACAACACUGGCAAUUGUACAUUUACCAUUACUAUUUAUGAUGAUGAAGAUCCAGUCAUAAAUUGCCCAGCUGACAUAGAAGUUUGUGCUGAAACUGGUUCUAUAGCAGCAUCUGUCACUUGGGAACCCAUCAACGCAACUGACAACUGUUGUGACAAUGUAAACAUAACGUCAGAUUACACAUCAGGAGAUGAAUUUGAAAUUGGUGAAAAUGUAGUAUUAUACACAGCAACUGACUGUAGUGAAAACUCUGCAUCAUGUAGUUUUACUAUAAAAGUGAUUGAUUGCGAAGCUCCUUUUUUGAACUGUUCGCAAAAUGUAGAAUUUGAUGCUGAUGACAAUUGUACUUCUGAUGUAACUUGGACUGAAGUGACAGCAACAGAUAAUUACGAUAGUGAUGUAACUGUGUUCUGUAACCCGACUGAAGGUAUUUUUCCAUUGGGCAACUACACAGUAACCUGUAAUGCAACAGACAUGGCAGGAAACACUGGCAAUUGCUCCUUCAAUGCUUACAUUUUUGAUGCAACUUUCCCAGACAUCACAUGUCCAGAAGAUAUUACUGUUGAUGCUGAUGAAGGUGAUAGCACUGCCGCAGUGACAUGGGUUCCUGGUGUCGUUACUGAUAACUGUUGUGGAAAUGACAUUGAUGUGGUUUAUAAUGCCACAAAUGGCUCAGAAUUUAACAUUGGAGUUACUGUAAUUAGCCUUAUAGCAACAGACUGCUAUGACAAUCAGGAUGAAUGCAUCUUUAGUAUUUAUGUCGAAGAUGAUGAACCUCCUGAACUUGAGUGUCCACCAAACCAAAAUAUAACAGCUGAUCCUGAUUGCAGGGCAGUUGCAAACUGGACAGCACCCAAUGUUACUGACAAUUCUGGAGAUACCCUCUAUUCAGUGUGUGAUUAUAGCAGUAGUAGCAUAUUUUCAGACAUCAUUACUACUGUCACUUGUAAUGCAACUGAUGGUUAUGGCAACACUGGGUACUGUAGUUUCAACAUUACGAUAGUUGAUAAGAUGCCUCCUGUCCUGGAUUGUCCAAAUGACGUUAUGGUGUUUACUGACACGGGGGUUGAUUCAAUGAAUGCCUAUUGGUAUCCAGCUAAUGCAACUGACACCUGUUGUGGUGACACUGAAGUGGAUGCCAACUACACAAGUGGAGAUGAAUUUACAGUCGGCAAUACCACCGUAGGAUAUUCAGCAACCGAUUGUAAUGGGAACACUGGAUAUUGUCAGUUCAUUGUCACAGUAACUGAGACGUUUGUAACAACACCAGUGUCCUAUCAAGUCACGCUAUCCAUUGAUGCUAUUGAUGGAAAUCCAGUUGAUUAUUCUAAUGACCUCGAUGAUCCAACUUCAGACAGAUUCAUCAUGAUUUCAGGACAAUUAUGCUCUGCUAUCGAAGCUGCGCUUAAUGGCUCUACCUGUAGAGUGUUAGCAUUUUCACCAGGAAGUAUCAUUGCUGAUGUAGAAGUCCAGUUUGUUGCAGACACAAGUGUAUCUGCUCUAGAUGUUGAAGAAGAAUUGAAAAUGGCAGCAGCAAACGGUUUAGUUAGCAGUGAAGGCGUGCCAUUGAAUGUUGAUCCAUCAAAUAUUUCAGUUACAGAAAUUGUAACAGUGUCUGCCUUGUUCUAUCCACUCACACUAACCAUUGACAGUAUUGAUGAAGAUCCAGUUCAAUAUACUAAUGACCUCGGUAAUCAAACUUCAGAUGGAUUCAUCACAAUUGCAGGGCAUGUAUCCUCUGCUGUUAAUGUUGUCCUUAGUGCUUUUGAUGACUACAUCAACUGUGAAGUAAUGGCACUUUCAUCAGGAAGUAUUAUUGCUGAUGCACAAGUCCAGUUUAUUGCAGACACAAAUGUAUCUGCUCAAGAUGUUCAAGAAGAAUUGCGAACGGCUGCAGCUGAUGGUUUAGUUACUGCUGACGGUGUCAAUUUGACUGUUAACCCAUCAAGUAUUAUAGUUACAGAAAAUAUAAUGAAUGUGACAGGUACAAUAGAUACAGUCACAACGGAAGUAACAGAUGAUGUGACAACACGUAUAACAGGUACAAUCACACCGGUAGUAACAGAUGAUGUGACAACACGUAUAACGGAUACAACCACACCGGUAGUAACAGAUGAUGUGACAACACAUAUAGCGGGUACAACCACACCGGUAGUAACAGAUGAUGUGACAACGCAUAUAACGGAUACAACCACACCGGUAGUAACAGAUGAUGUGACAACACGUUUAACGGGUACAACCACACCGGUAGCAACAGAUGAUGUGACAACACGUAUAACAGAUACAACCACACCGGUAGUAACAGAUGAUGUGACAACACGUAUAGCGGGUACAACCACACCGGUAGUAACAGAUGAUGUGACAACACUUAUAACGGAUACAACCACACCGGUAGUAACAGAUGAUGUGACAACACGUAUAGCGGGUACAACCACAUCGGUAGUAACAGAUGAUGUGACAACGCAUAUAAUGGAUACAACCACACCGGUAGUAACAGAUGAUGUGACAACACGUUUAACGGGUACAACCACACCGGUAGCAACAGAUGAUGUGACAACACGUAUAACAGAUACAACCACAACAGUAGUAGCAGAUGAUGUGACAACACGUAUAACGGAUACAACCACAUCACAACGUUCGACAGCUGACGAAGGAACUAUGACAACUGCACCUGCUACAACCGAUGCAACCAGUACAGAUGCAACCGGUGAUUCUGGCACAACAACCAGGUCUACAGAUGCAACCGGUGGUACACAUGCAACAACCAGGUCUACAGAUGCAACCAGUGGUACAGGUUCAGCCAGUUCAGCAGAUGCUACUGAUGAUACAGGUGGCACUACAGACACACCUGUAGUUAUUACUUCUGCUCCAAAUUUACCUACAACUGCAACAGUGUCCUAUCAAGUCACGCUAACCAUUGAUAGUAUUGAUGGAGUUGAAGUCGAUUAUUCUAAUGACCUCGAUGAUCACACUUCAGACAGAUUCAUCAAGUAUUCAGGAUAUGUAUGCUCUGCUAUCGAAGCUGCGAUUAAUAGCUCUACCUGUAGAGUGUUAGCAUUUUCACCAGGAAGUAUCAUUGCUGAUGUAGAAGUCCAGUUUGUUGCAGACACAAGUGUAUCUGCUCUAGAUGUUGAAGAAAAAUUGAAAAUAGCAGCAGAAAACGGUUUAGUUAGCAGUGAAGGCGUGUCAUUGACUGUUGAUCCAUCAACUAUUUCAGUUACAGAAAUUGUAACAGAUGACUCUUUGAUUGUUCCGAUUGUGGUUGGAUCAGUUGCAGCAUUCCUCGUCAUUUUGCUCAUAAUGCUAAGCAUCAUGGUUGCUGCUGUUUAUAGAAGGCGGAUCAAUGCUAAGCCAUUCUCUAAGUAUCCAACACCACCGGGAAUAUAUUCUAGUAGGGUUGUUCAUAAUCCAUUGAGCAGACGGUACAAGGAUGUGGAUAGCUUUUAUGAUGAAACAGAGGGUGAUAGUGAAGAAAGUCGAAUGCGCCACAUGGCUACUGUCAUAAGGAAUGCACCGAACAUGGAUAAUGAAGGAAUGAGUACCAUAUCUGAUGGUCUACCAACUGCAUACUACAAUGAUUUUGUAAUGCCAUACAUAGCAACGGGAAGCGAGGAAGAGGAGUUGGAGUAUAGAAACAGAGGAUUUGUACGAAACCACCACUCUGAAUAUUAAUGAUGCAACUUGAAGAAAGAAGAUAAACGUAUAUCCAAAGACAAUGAUAUUUUUGUAGUUUUUAUAUAAGAUAAUAACUAUAUGCUUCCAUGUUUCUAAAGGUUCUUUAGGAAUAGACUAUAUGCAAGCUCAUAAUAGAUAGUGUUUCAGAAAUUGUAUUCAUGUUAUAUUAGGUAGUCAAAUGGAACUAACAGAUGAAAUAAAUAAAGAAUGAAAAUUUUCCUGUUCAGUAGCAUAGAUAACAAUGAACCUGAGUCAUAGAAGACUGACCAUCAUCAUGGAUAAUGCUUAAUUACUAACUGACCAUCAUCAUGGGUAAUGCUAUAUUCAUAGUAUACACUAUAUAAGCCUGAUAUAAAAUAUUAUAUUCUAUAGGCAGUGGCAGUCCCGAUCAUGGGCAGUACCUUCUAAAGAAACAAUACUGCUCGGCUAGCGAUUAGGUUUAAAUAUAUAUAUAUAUAUAUAACAGUGGCGGAUUCAAGGGGUGGUGGGCGAGGCAGCCCCGUGAAUUGUUGAAAAUUAUUUUUAAAAAUGAAGAAAUAAGGAAAAUUAUAAUUGAAUUUAGGUUUGAGAGUGCCAUUUUCGGCCAUCUAUCUAGAAGUGACGUAAUCAUAAAUGUUCUUUCCCCAGCCCUGACAUGGUGGGAUUGAAGGGGUCUAGACCCUAUGUCUGUAAAAGUCCCUCCCUCGGCCCUGUCUAUUUCCAUUUCCUUGAUCCGCCACACUCAGACACACCCACACACACACACACACACACAUAUAUACAUAUAUAUAUAUGUGUGUGUGUGUGUGUGUGAGUGUGUGUAAAUGUGUGUGUAUUUCCAUGUUUUCUAAAGGUUCUAUAAAUAUAGCAUAGAGGUGUAUACAGUGUGGUCAAAAGUAGACGAACAUUUCUACUACAAUCAACAUAUAGCUGUGUACUAUGUAGGUGAAUACAGUUUUUGUCCCUUGGACAUAGCCUGUUUGUGCUUAAAACGUUCCUUAAAUAUAUUAGAAUAGGUACAUGUCAUUUAAUGUCAUAAUGCCAAUGAAUAAACAAGUUAACGGUGAUCAUAUUGAGGAAAGACCCAUCCACGAUUACGUUGGAAUCUCGUGUAUGUACGGCAGACAGAAACAAAAAGAAAUCUGACAGAAUACCUCAAUUAUAUAUAGGCCUAUAUAUAUGGUGAUUAUGAUUAUUUAUGUAUUUGUUUAUAUAUUAUUAUAAUAUAUAUAUAUAUAUUAGUUUUAUUCAUUCAACUGUAAAGAAGUACAUGAUAUUAGAAAUUAAUUUAAUAAAGACAUUUGCAAAU